AUGACUUUGGCGACUUCAUUGAGGUAUUUGCAACAUUCUGUUAGUUACAAAAGUCUUUUUCUAUUUACGGUUGUGGACACUUUCGAAAUUCGUCUUGAUUCUCAAGAGUUAACUGCUGCGAAAAGCAGCAAAACCGUUAGAAGCAUGUCAUCUCGUCUGCUUCUCGGGAACGGAGCUGGGCCAAACACAGUAAAUUCUGAACAAAUCCGAAUAGAAGUUAAUCGUUUUGAGGGAAUACAUCCAACUAUUUAUAAUUUAUAUGAUAUGAUACAAGAUCUUCCUGAUAGUGUAGGAGAUUUACGUGCACAAAUUAGAGAUCAACUGUUAUUAGUAGAAGCCUUAUGA